UACUUGCAUUUAAGUAGGCGGAGUGCUGGGGCAAGGCAUAAUUUCGACGAUGGGCACAUAGCAUAGCAUAUAUAUAUAGAAUCAAUCAACUGAUUAAUUGCAGCUGUGCAAUGCUGAAGUUUUUGCCUCAGCUUGAUGUUUGGUGACAUAGUUACUCGUUUAAUUAUGCAGCUUCAUUAUUAUUGAUAAAAACAAUCCCUUUAAGUGCGAACAGCUAUGUUUUGCGCUCAUCUGGCGCAUUCAUCAGAUGGUGCCAUGUUUCCUCGGAGAAGAAGGCAUUGAAUGUCAGUGUGGUGCUCGGAUUACACUAAAGUCGGUCAAUAACUUCGGGGACACAAACACCCAGCACAAAGCGUUUAAGUGACCACAAGUGAUCAAGAUGUUCCUCCUCCUCUUCUGGUUUACCCCCAUCCGAAGUGAUCUUAAGUUUUGGGAUGCCAUGCUAGUUCAGUUGACCGGUUUAAUGGCUCGAACUUAAUUUGCGCCCUCCAGGAGAGAGGAAAGUGGCCAGCAAAAAGUUGCAUGCCAAAAAAUAUGCGAAACAACCAGGCAGACAACACCCAACGGCAAAAACUCGGCCUGGAGAGAAAGAGGCAGCGGCAGCGACGCGUCUGGGGGCUUACAGUUGCGGUCGCAAUGCUAGUGGCGCUUCGACAGAGAGUAUACCCAAUUAAAACACCAGAACAAAUUAUUUCGAAAAAUAUAUUGUUGCAUACUUUUAGAAACUUGUAUUUGAGUUCUUAAAACCGGUUUACUCCCUACUGCAAAUUUGAUACGAAAAGCGGGGAUAUUGGGUAUACAAUAAAUCUAUUACAUAAACUAUUAAUGGUAUAUAGUAAAUAAUAAGCAACCCAAUAAGUAUAUACGAUCUUGACCGUCAUUGUGGAAUGAGGGGAUCUGCGUCAGUGUGCGUGCGCGUGUGUAUGUGCGUUGGGAGCGGGGCGGGUGGAGUGGGCGGGGCAGGCUGCAGGAAGAGCUCGCAGCGUGUGCGUGUGUGUGUGUGUGAGUGGGUCGCCAAAACAGACAAAAAACGAGGAGUGCAUACGAGCAGAAGUGCUGCCGCUGCCCCAAAAGAACGAUGCUCGCACCGAAAGUAACUCAUAUUCGCGACUGUGACUGUGUCUGUGUCUGUGGCUGUGACUGCGAGAGUGUGUGCGUGUGCGGCGACGGAUCAGGCAAAUAUAUAAAGCGGCGAUCGGGCGAUGCAAACUGCUCAUUCCGCCGCCGUUCGUUCCGUUCGCUUUACUUUUCGUACUUUUCUCGCAUAUUAAAAAGUCAAACAAAAUAAUAAAAUGAAGCGAUCGCACACAUACUCACGCACAUAUGCAUAUGUACGAGUACAUAUACAUAUACAUAUAUAUAUGUUUAAAUACAUAUAUAUAUAUAUAUGCACGCAAUGGCCGCCAUUGACGUCGACUGCGCUGCCGACUGCGCUGCCGAGAGUAUAAAAGCAUAAAAUCACUUCGUACUCGGGUUUAUUAAAACCAAAACUGUGCAAGUGUCAAGAUCGUUUGGCAGCAGCAAAAAAUAAAAGAAGAUAAUUAAGAAAUAGCCAAGGACCCAUGCAAAAUAAUCGCAAUACCAAAAAGUUCUAGUGAAAUUCACAAUUCUGACUUGCAAAGUGAAAGUUUGGCCAUUAAAAGCACGAUAAAAAUUCACAACAGCACGAUCAAAAAUAGUAUCAAGCAAUUAGAGCAGAAAAAGCAACACAAAAAUUAAAAAAAAACAGGAACGCGACGCGCCCGCAAAAAGCGAAAAAAAAAGAAAAUCGAAAGUGUUCUACUGACAUGGAUUACUUUGUGCCCCCCAAACUACAAACACAACAAAAAGAGCAGAGAAACUAGCACUAGUUUUUUCUAUUCAGACUUUCGGAGAGUGAGAAGAAUCGGAGAGAAGCGAAGAGAGCAGAAGGCCGGUCCGAAAUAGAAAGCAAUACACUGAAAAAUCUAUUUAACUGGUAUAUAGGAAAGCUAAUCUCUGGAAAUAUCUAGAUAGGGUGCAAUGACAUUUUUAGAUAGCGUAGAUAGCGUCAAGGUUAAGAAACCAAUUUUGCGAGCUUUACUCGAAAGCCAGAAAUGUUUCGAGAAAGAGUUUUCUGAAACUUCUGAAGGAUUUCAUCUAAGUCUUAACAAUUUUACAUUUUCUGAUAGGUAAGCAUAGAAGUGAAACUUAUAAAUGAAAUUAAAUAGAAAUUCCUAUUUAUAAAAACACAACAAAAUUUAGAUUUUAGCUUAUUUAAAAAGUUUCUUUCUACUUAGACUAGGUCUAACCACCCCCACAUUCUCACCGUGUAGAUAGCGAUCUCUUCUAUUUCGAGGUGUACGUGCACUUGGCCACACGCUCUCCAUUCUCCACUCUCCAUUCUUUGCUCUCGCUUCUCCGCGCACUAAUCCGCGCUCUUUUGGCUAGAAGAGCGGCGGAGCAGCAAUUCUAAUUCGCAUUCUCGCCGCCUCGCUUUGAACUUGAACUUUAAAUGCACAAACCAUAAUCAUGUCUGUAUGCUUGUUGUUGCUGCCCGCUGAGGGCGUGCUCUCUUGGCAAACAUUGGCUAGCUCUACGGAUUGCUAUAUACUGUAUAUAUAGGCAGCGCAAUCAGUUGCGAGGCGGCACUCGUUCCAUUUGGGCGCUCGACAAACGCCGGCUGAUCAGUUUUCGACUGGCCUGCAAUUAAUUCGGCUCUUGACGAGCCCCAAAAGUGAAAGUCGCGAGUGAAAGACGUGGCAGUUUUAUAUUAAACGUAAAAUACGAAAACGGCCAGCAGAUCAAACAUGAAUAGAGUACGCAAAACACGAAAUGCGAAAUCCGAAAUGCGGCGGCAACAAGUUAAUAAAUUAAGACGGCAAACGAAAAAAAUCCAGAUUCCGAGCAAUGCAAAGAAAGUGGCACAAGCGCCUUGCUUUCAUCGUUAAAAAUUCGACAAAAAAAUAUACGAAUAAAAAGGAAAUGAAAGAAAUGCAAUCGUUCUAUAUCCGUUAUAUCAGUUUCCUUAUAAAUCUAGCCUCUACUAGGCUUUGUCUGUGCAUACGAAAGCCGAUCAGACAUAGCCUAUAAGAGGUUAGGUGUACCAAGGUGAAAAAUCAGCGAAAACGGAAUCGAUUACAGUUUUGGGGCUCGCGAAAGGAGGAGGAGGACGCGACUGCCUGAUAAGCACGAUCCCUCCAGCAUUUCCCCCCCAAAUCAAUAAUAAUACUUUCCACCUAUGUAUCUACCCCCUUUCAGCUGGUUUCAUUUUGGAUUCCCCCAUUUGGACUGGCUAUUUUUGCCUGGCCUGCGUUAUUUAUUAGUUUAUAAACCAUAAAUGUAUACUUGAAUAAAAAGGCGUUUUCUCUUGA